AGACGGGGGCGGGCCUUCAGGCCGGCGGUGCGUGUCCAGAGUUGGGCUGCGGACCGCGGCCGCGAAUGUCAGGCCUCCCCGAGCGCCGUCGCCGCUCCGCUCCGCUCCCCUCCGCACCCGCCGCAGCGCCGGCCAUGACGGGCUCACUGUUCAAGGGGAACUUCUGGAGUCCGGACAUCCUUAGCACCAUUGGCUAUGACAGCAUCAUCCAUCAUCUGAACAACGGCCGCAAGAAUUGCAAAGAGUUCGAAGACUUUUUAAAAGAAAGGGCAUCAAUUGAAGAGAGAUAUGGCAAAGAUCUGCUCAGCCUCUCUAGGAAGAAGCCAUGUGGACAGUCUGAGAUCAACACCCUGAAGCGGGCCCUUGAAGUCUUCAAGCAGCAAGUAGACAAUGUGGCACAAUGUCACAUUCAGCUUGCACAGACUCUAAGAGAAGAGGCCAGGAAGCUAGAAGAAUUCAGGGAAAAGCAAAAGCUACAACGGAAAAAGACAGAGCUUAUAAUGGAUGCUGUCCAUAAACAAAGGAGCUUACAAUUCAAGAAAACCAUGGAUGCAAAGAAGAACUAUGAGCAGAAAUGCCGAGACAAAGAUGACGCAGAGCAGGCUGUCCACCGAAGUGCCAACCUGGUAAACCCGAAGCAACAGGAAAAGCUUUUUGUGAAACUAGCAACCGCGAAGACAGCUGCAGAAGACUCCGACAAGGCGUAUAUGCUGCACAUCAACACGCUGGAUAAGGUCCGAGAGGAGUGGCAGAGCGAGCACAUCAAGGCCUGCGAGGCGUUGGAAGCUCAAGAAUAUGAACGAAUAAACUUCUUUCGGAACGCAUUGUGGUUACACGUGAAUCAGCUGUCAAAACAGUGUGUCACCAGCGAUGAGAUGUAUGAAGAAGUCCGUAAGAGUUUAGAGAUGUGCAGCAUCGAGCAGGACAUUGAGUACUUUGUGAAUCAACGAAAAACUGGACAGAUGCCCCCAGCACCCAUCAUGUAUGAGAAUUACUACUGCCCCCAGAAGAAUGCAGCCCCACCAGGAAAGGCUACGGGGCCAAGCUUAGCAAGGAGAGGACCUCUCCCGAUUCCUAAGGGUUUACCAGAUGACCCAGAUUAUUCUUCGGUUGAUGACUAUAGUUUGAUCUACCAGUAACAUCAAUGAAAACAGCUUUUUCUGGCUGGUGCUUCUCUGGCAUGGAAGGAGGCACUGAGAGAAGCCGUAUCCGUAGAAAUUAUGUCAAUCAUGAGGACUUUGAAGUGAACCCUGCUGUAAUUCUUUGAUAUUUUAAAUUCAUGGUAAACAUUUAGUUUAACUUAGCAAGUAGAGUUCUUCAGUUUCUAAAAGAAGUCGACAAACUGGCCUAGACUCAAGAAUGACCCUUCCCCAAUCAGUUACUAAAAUUGUGGAUGAAUUGCAUUUCUUGCUUGAUCCAGAUCUGGAGCCUUGACUCUUGGGGAAUGGGGAACGGGGAUGGCUGGAGAGGUGUCUGAGCAUCAGCCUGCACAAGAAGAUCCUAGGGCUCUGGGGCAGUGUGCUAUGGCAUUUCCACAGUGACACACUCUCAAAGGUGCAAGAUUUAAAAUCACCUUCCUUUUUGGCUAGAAGACUCUGAUCAUACUUUCUCAUUUUACAGAUGAGGAACUGAGACCCAAAAGUGUGAAAUCAAUUUCCUUACUGUUGUCCCAGCUGGCUCUGGGCAGAACCAGAACUAGAGUGCGAGCUCAGCCCAUAUCAGUGUUCCUCUAACCCUUCCUGAGGCGCUGAUGCUCACGUUGAAAUGUAAGACGCCAAAUGUUUUUGCUGGCAUCUUCUCAGUUGGGAAAAUUACCAGAGUUUAAAUGUCAGAUUUAUUUUUAUGUGACUUACUGUGUCUCUUGAACUACACAGCACCAUAUUUAAUCGAAUGAAGAAGCAUCUAGUAUAAAAUAUACUAUUAUAUAUACCACGAAGAAAGAAGGGUGGGAGAGAGUUGACAGUUAACUUGUGAUAGUUAACUGGCCAAGCCCAUUUGAAUUUGAGAUGCUAAAGUGUGUAAAGAAAAAAGCAUAUCCUAGAAUCAAUGAAAUGUGAUAUUUUGACUAUUAAUUGAAGAGAAAUGUAGAGUUACAAAGCCAGCCCUCCGUCCCGGGUCUUCUUUAAAGCAUCAACCUUACCCUUUCACAAAAACCCCAGGUCUUCUUUUGUCCCCCACAAGCAACAGGGAGAUUAUGUUCCCUUUGUACAACACUCGCGCACUGAGAAAGCGGUUCAUUUUAGUUCAUGACAAGUUAAAAUAGCACCGGUACUUAUUCAGUAUGUCGUAAAAUUCCAUUCCCACAAGGCAAAUGCUGUCCUCCCCUGAGCUGUGCAGUAGCUUUCCCAGAGCUAUGGGCAAGUUGAUAGAAGAAGCCGGAUUCUUUUCCCUCUUUCCAUGUAAGGUGCUAUUGAAGGUGGCAGCUUCUUGUCAUGACAGGAAACUUGCAGCAGUUGGAUAUCCUUUUGAGAAAUUGAAGUUUGCAAAGGGCCAUUGACUUCCCCAAAUUGAACGGUCUUAGGACAUUUUCCUUUGAACUCAGCACAUCCUAAGUGCUUUAUUUAUUGUGGGCAACUCCUCAGGGAUUUCACUUUUCUAUUAGUAAGUGUGAUUGAUGUAAACGUGUUUUAUGAAUUGACAGUAUUUUUAUUUUAGUUGCUCUUUCAGUUUGAUAGAAGUUAAAUAAAGGUUCUUGGUGAUUUGGGA